UUCCCUUUCCCUUUCUCUUCCCUUCCCUUCCCCAUUAGUACACCCGGGACCGCAACCACCCACCCGCACCCUCCGGCAGCCAGCUCCCUGCAGGUAGGGGCGAGGCCAGGCGGAAGGGGGGCGGUGGUGCCGGGCCGGCCCGGGGCGGGCAUGCGCGGUGUCUCCGCAACAUGGCGGCGGCGUGAAGCGGCCGGCGGCGGGAGCCGCUCGAGGGAGGCGGGGGUGCCUCUGCCCCCGGCCCGGAAACUGUUGUACUGAAAGAAAGAAUUAACUGGUCUUUCAACUUCAGCCUUUUUAUUGGGAGAGGGAAGAUCACACAAGUGUUGCCAUGGGGAGAACCACAGCUAAAGAUUCAAAGGAAAUUAAAAAAGAGAAAGAUGGAAAGCAUCAGCAGGCAAACAACCCGUCUUUAAAAAGUGAACAGUUUAGUUGGGAUGAUUAUCUGAAAGAGACUGAAUCAAUAGCUGCCCCUCUACAUUGUUUCAAACAGUCCAGAAUUCCACCUACAAAUGAUUUCAAAGUUGGUAUGAAACUGGAAGCCCAUGAUCCUCGCAAUAUUACCUCGGUUUGCAUAGCUACAAUAAUUGGAAUCACUGGUGCCAGGCUAAGGUUGCGACUCGAUGGAAGUGACAACAAAAAUGAUUUUUGGAGGCUUGUGGACUCCUCAGACAUACAGCCCAUUGGGACCUGUGAGAAGAAGGGGGGCAUGCUGCAGCCUCCACUUGGAUUCCAGAUGAAUGCAUCUUCUUGGCCAAUGUUUCUCUUAAGAACUCUGAAUGGAGCUGAAAUGGCACCUGCAGCAUUCUUUAAGAAGGAACCACCAAAACCUGCGACAAACUGCUUUAAAGUUGGAAUGAAACUUGAAGCUAUAGAUAGAAAGAACCCAUACUUGAUUUGCCCAGCAACCAUUGGAGAUGUUAAAGGGGAUGAAGUUUUUGUUACAUUUGAUGGCUGGAGAGGAGCAUUUGACUAUUGGUGCAGAUGUGAUUCUCGUGAUAUUUUCCCAGUUGGAUGGUGUAGCUUGACAGGAGAUGCAUUACAACCACCAGGGAACAAUGUUUCCAUUUCAAAGAGCAGUGCAAAAAUCCAAUCUUCCCCUUCCAAAGUGACCCGGCGUUCAAUGCAGUCUCCACAGAAAUCUGCUCCAGUACCAGCGCAACGGGGCAGGAAACCAGGUCGGGGCAAACCCCCUGGACAGUCUACAGUUCCCAAGAAGGGCAGGUCUCCUAAAAAUAUUCCCCUGACCAAAAGCACCUCUCAUACUGAGAAUCUUAAAACAAGGAAAAAAAGUUUAAAACCUGGAAAAAAGAAAAAAAUCUUACCAGAGCAACUGACUUCUGCAUCACCUUCUCCUCUUUCUUCUCCUGAUGGGGACAGAGGCACUACACAGAUACUUAAAGAUGGAAUUAGUUCGUCUGGUGCAACUGCAGCAGUUAUAUCCACAGUGUGUGUUUAUGUCAACAAGCAUGGAAAUUCUGGGCCUCACCUGGAUAAGAAGAAGGUUCAGCAGCUUCCAGAUCACUUUGGACCAGGUCCUGUCAAUGUGGUACUUCAGCAGGCUGUACAGGCUUGUGUGGAUUGUGCCUAUCAAUCCAAAACAGUCUUUGGAUUUCUGAAAUCUGGCCAUCAUGGAGGGGAAAUGAUAACUGCUUCCUUUGAUGGGGAGAAGCAUGCCAUCAAUCUUCCUUCUGUAAACAGUGCGUCGUUUGUCCUACGUUUCUUGGAGAAACUCUGCCACAGUCUUCAGUGUGAUAAUCUUUUCAGUAGCCAGCCUUUCAGCCCUUACAUGGGAUGUGCACAUAGUCCCACGGAGUACGAUAGGAACAAACCAGCAAAAGAAGAAAUACCUGAAAACAGAACUGCGAAACGAUACUCUCAGGACUCUCCACCAUAUACUGCUCCCCUUUCCCCUAAGCUUCCAAGGAGUGAUGCUCAUCCAUCUGAAGCAGAAACGUUACCUAUAGAAGAAAACAGCACUUCCAAAGAGCAUCGCUUUUCUGAGGACUCUAUGGAUUCUGCUCUUAAUUCAGUAAAUCCUUCAAGCCCUGCCCGUCGAAAUUCCACUGAAUAUCGUACUUCGGGGAGUGCAGCAUAUUACAGGAAUUCCUUUCAGCCAGUGACUGCUACCUCAAAUUCAGCUCCAGUCCUGCGCCGGCUGUCAUUGAGCUCUGCUGGGAACAGCAGUUACUAUGAAGUCAGUAGGAAUCGAAUACAGAGGAGGAUUGAAGUUGAACUUGCAUUUGCCGCUUUCCCAGAUACUGGCAUCUUGGGAUCCAGGAACCAAACACGAGUCGAACUAAUCCCUCUAGCUGCAAGUUCCACAACUGGACCAGAUCUGAAUUCACUUAAAAGGGAACCUUCAAGAAUAUUGAAUAAGGAUCCAUCCACCUGGUCAAUAGAGGAAGUAAUGCGUUUUGUGAAAGAAGCUGAUCCGCAGGCACUAGCUCCACAUGCUGAACUCUUCAGGAGACAUGAAAUUGAUGGAAAGGCACUACUGUUACUGAGGAGUGAUAUGAUCAUGAAAUACAUGGGACUGAAGCUGGGGCCUGCCCUAAAGCUGUGCUACCACAUUGAAAGACUUAAACAAGGAAAGUACUAGCCAACGGGGGGGACACCGCAGUGUGUGUGUGUGUGUGUGUACCACACUGAGUUCUCAGGUUAACAGUCAUCACCUUUAUUUAAAAGUAUUUUGCUGGUAUAAGUUAUCUGUAUUUUUUGGGAGUUCUUUCAAAAUAUGAAAAAAGACAUCUGGGGGAAAGUAGAGGGAAAAAAUGUAUUACGUUCUAGCGUUUAGUGAGCUGUUUCAGAAAGCUUGCAAGGAGAGACAGUUGGUACUGGGCAGGUUGGGUAACAGCGCUGAAAGGCGCAUUCUCUGUUGCAGACUUCAGCCAACAUGUUCAUAUUCAGAACCAAAACAGCUGAAUCCCAAAGGGAAAAACAAAAACAGCAUCAGAUGUUAAUAAUUCUUACAGGGAUGGCUGUAAACUUUUACGUUGCAAGGAAAAUGUAAGAUAGAAGAUCUCAUCUCAGCAGUGAAUACCGUGUCUGGUUCUCCAGCAGAGUAAUACUCAGCUAGAUUAUUCUUCAUAGAUUUCCAUAAAGGGAAUAGCUGUAUGAGGAGUUCAGGGGGGAGGGAGGUGUAGGGAGGGAAGGGUUACGGAGGAGAGGGCUUCAAACAAAUCUAAGCUUUUAUAAAGUGUGAUUAUCAGUCCUUUGGUAAGUUACGAGGACAAAUGUACGGUAUGUUGUCCAUUUAUGCUGGCAAUAAUAGUUCUGUUUCACGGAAGGGCAUAUUGGCUGUAUAAACAGCCAGUUCUGGGACAGACAGAUUUGACUGGAACAACACAUCCGCAUUUUAAACAUUCCAUCUUUUUGCUAAGUUUGGCAUGGAUACGUGUCCUCAUGCUUUUUAUGUAUACACGUGUAUGCGUCGGGGAAAUGCACACUAUAUGUAUUUGAAAAUGCACAUACACACUGUACAUAUGUAUUCAGUUUUUAAUGUGUACUUUGCACUGUGCCAGAGAGAACUGUACAAUUUCUUGGGUUUUGUUUUCUUUUUUACCAGUUAUUUUAGUCAUGUACUACUUUCGUUUCCAUUAGCACCUGUUUAAUUUGUUGUCCAUUCCUGGAGUCAGAAGGUGACAAACAAUCAAAGGGUGGAUUUAUUCCUACAGGCAAAAUCCCUGUACUAUGCAAUCCUCAUGGUUAUUCAUCACUUAACUGAGCCGUGUAUUCCGGUAUAUUUCUGGAAAUACACGGUUGGUUCUGAUGUUUUAGACUUGUAUUUCCUUUAAGGAAGUGCCACUGUGUAAUGGAUAAGCCUGUUUAGGGUAAAAUUGGUGCUGUUUAUAUAAGCUACAACAACCAGCAGUGAUAAUAAACCAGUUUGUUGUCACUGCCAAUUGUAAUAUACAUCAGGGACAAGAAAAUAUACUUCUGUGUAGGAAACUGAAUGUACUGUAUGUAAUAGUGCAAGUGACGAAAACUAUUUGGUAGGGAAGAUGUAGUCCUAAAAUGGUAGGUUUUAUUAUAUUUCUUAUUGCCUUUUUAUAUGAAACUAUAUAGUAAAAAUGUAUUUUUUACAAAUUCCUUUUUUGAAACUGCCUUGCUGUACCAAUACUCUGAUACUCCUCAGGUUUCAGCAGAGAUACUGCUGCGAAAUAAUGUGUUUUGUGGCUCACCAGCGUCCAAGAGCUUUGUUAGUUUAAGUGACUGCAAUCCAAUUUUAAUUUGGGCUUUGAGGAUCGUUUUUAUUUCUCCGUUGUUAGACAUUGGACACAAAAUGUUAUCUAUAUUGAUUUGUUUUGCAUAUCUUUUGUGGUGCGUGUGUGCUUAGAGGAAUAAUACAAGUAUGUUCUGUAUAGUAAGAAGAGGUCAGAGCAUUGAUUGGAAAAGCAGAAUAUUUUCUUUUUGUGUUUGGAAAAUACUGACUUGAUCAUUGAUAAAAACCAUAUGAAAGUUACAGUUAUAUAUUAAGACAAACAUCAUGCCCCGCAUGUUGAGUGUGUUGUUUAAACCUUACUUCUACCAUGAUUUAUUAUGCUGAAGUUCAGAGUUCUUUCGUGUAAAAAGAAGUACUGCUCCAUACAAUUAACUAAACAGUUUUCAUUUUUCACAUUGCCGUUGGCAGAGGAGAAACAAAGAUGUUUAAAAUUUUGUUUUGGCCUCUAUGGAAUGAACUUUUUAUACAUGGCACUAUUAUGGGUAUAAAUAUUUGUUCGAGGCUUUGCGUGCACCCGUGCGCGUGGGGGAGGGGGUUACUGUGAUGUUACAAUACCAGAAUUUCACCACGUGCUGGAGUGUGAGAUUCAAGCAUUCCACGUGUUGUAGCAGAAUAUAUUUUUCAUUCUUUAUUUUCAGUGGGAUGCUCUUCUCCAUCGACAAAAAUAAAAUAGUUUGUUCAUCGUU